UAUCAUAUUUCAUUGUGUUCACAGAUCAACGCUCGCUCGCGCCGGAGAGAUGAAGCUUUAGUAAGCGAUAGACUUCAGUUCAGUUGCUCUCUCUCUGCUGUGUGCUGGCUGACUCCUGGUCACAUCAUUCGGAAGUUUAAUGAUGGGUUUUAAUUGUCUAACAAAUGAAAAUGGAGGACGGCUCCAGCGCUGAGGCCAAGACCUGGGGUUUCCGGCGGAGCACCAUCGCCCGCCGCGAGUUCCUGGAGGCCGUGGGCUCGUCGGACAACAGCCCCCCCGCCCCACGGGCCCGGGGUCGAGCCAGGGGUCGGGGGCGGGUCAGGGGGCGCGGCCGGGGCAAACGUGCAGCCGAGGCUGGCGGGAGCGCUAUAGCCUGCAAACGGGGCCGCGGGGGGCGAGGACGAGCGCUCACACACACAGGUGAUGAAGAGGAGGAUGAGCAAGGGCUGAGGGGUGUCCUUGCGGAGCUGAAGCCGGACGAGGAGCGCGUCAGUGCAGGAGUCUCGUCGGAUCGAGCCGAAGACAGCGAUGAUCUCAAUCUGCAGGAGAUCCGCAAGCGGGUCGUGGCCCGGCGGAUGCAGGAGCAGGGAGACGAGGGAGAUGUGGGUGUAGGGACGCCAAUCCUGAUGGGACAGGAGGAUGGGAGCGGGACAGAUGUCACAGGUGUCCUCACAUCAGGAGCAGGACUGGUGUGCUCUUCAGAUGGGGAUUCAGGAGCAGGACAGGUGUGCUCUUCAGGAGCAGGACAGGUGUGCUCUUCAGAUGGGGAUUCAGGAGCAGGACAGGUGUGUUCUCCAGUCCCUGCUGAGAGAGCGGAGGCGGACUCUGAGGAACAGGCUGGAGGAGAGGACCAGAUCCCUGAAUCCCGCAGCGAGAGCACGGGUCAGGACGGUGUGUGUGUCAGGGUGAUGCUCCGCUGUGGCUCGUGCCGAGAGUGGCGUCACGUGGAGUGUGUGAGCAGCGCAGAGGCUCGUCUCCUGCAGGGCAACAGAGAAGAGUUCACCUGUGCCUCCUGCUCACAACAACAGCCGGUGGGGGUCGAGCAGCCGCUGGAGGAGGUGAUGGAUCAGGAGGAGAAGGAGGAGGUGAUGGAGCAGGAGGUGAAGGUGGAGGAGGAGUCUGCUUCUCCUAAAUGCAUGGGCCCAGGCUGCAGUAACGACGCUCUGCCGGGGUCGGUGUACUGCGGUCAUCAGUGUAUUGUACGGCAUGCAGCGGUGGCCAUGAAGUCUCUCUCUGAACCCAAAACUGAGACCAAACCCGCUGCUCCACCAGCUGAACCGGCUAUCAAGAGCGAGAAACGGUCAUUUCUUGCAAAGCUUUUCAAGGUGAAGAUCAGCAAGACGCCUGCGCAGGAAGAGCAUGUGAUCAAGCCAGAAGAAGCGAAUGAGUCGCCGCUGUGUUCAGACCCUGACCUGCCAGCCACAUCAUCAACUCCUGCUCCAGAUCACAAACCCACCGUUAAAGACCCAGCUGAGGUGGAGCACAGCACCAGCACAGCCCAGCUUUCGGACCCGCCCCGGGACCGGCCCUCCUCCGAGGAGACUCCCCCCGCCCCGCUCAUCAAGAGGUCCACUCCAGCUAGAGCCAAGAAAACCAUGCCAGGCUCUCCGCGGCUGGAGCUGCUCAGAGGGGCGCUCAGUAAAAGCCCGUUAGCGUCCGCCAAGAGGCCCUCUGAGGGCAGCACCCCCGCAGAGUCUCCGAGCGGGCCCUCGGCGGACGAGCCUGCGCUGGACAGUCCUCUCCUCAUCAGACAACACAUGCGCCGCGAGCUCAGCAGAGUCUUGCUCAGGUUUAAUCAGAGUGAUGAUCUGAACAUUUCUGAGGAUGAAAUUGAGAAGCUGGCAGUGCACAUGGAGAAAGAGAUGUUCAAUGUGUGUUACACCACAGAUGAGGAGUAUAGGAAUAAACACCAGUGCCUCGUCCUCAGCUUGAAAGAUCCCAAAAACAAGGAACUGUGUCAUCAGGUCUUGAAAGGAAACAUGCCUUCAGUCAGGCUCAUUAAUUUGAGUCAGCAGGAUAUGACAUGUGUGGAGGAGUCGUCUGUGCCGGAGGAGUCGUCGUCCUCAUCCGUUUGCUCUGUGGGUGUGGAGAAACCUCCUCCUCCUCCUCCUCCUCCUGCUGCUCGUGAGGAAGAGGUGAUCGGGGCGACCACACAGGCACUGAACACAAACACUACCUCACAGGAGAAGCGGUGUGUGUCUCGACUGAAGCCGGCCCCUGCGAGGGACGCGAGCUCGGGCGCUCCAGGGCUGAUCGGCUGCAUGCUGAAAGACUCCACCACAGAGCACAAACACCAUCUCUUCGACCUCAACUGCAGGAUAUGCACAGGCCAAGUAUCAUCUGAUAAUGAUCCUGAAACCAAGAAACCCAAGAUGAAGACGAUGAAGGAUGACACCGAAAAGGAGCAGUCUCCGUGUGUUGUGGACGUGAGCGCUGAAGCGCUGGAGUCUGCAGUCAUCGAGUCUCCUGCUUCUCCCAGUGCAGAGGACCUCGAGUCCCAGGCGCCCACUGCUGACUUCUCUCCGGUCCUGAUUCCUGCAGUUCCCACUGUGUCCCUCUCACGGAGAGAUCCUCGGACAGCACAGUACCGACAGACCCUGCCCUCGUCUGCGGGUCCAGAGUGUGUGUCCACCCCACACCCGCAGCCAGCCAGGCCGGUUAAAGAGACACACACACCACAUGUGUCCGUACACCCGCAUCCGCAGGCAGCCAGACCUGUGCUGGAGCCGGUUAAAGAGACACACACACCACAUGUGUCCGUACACCCGCAUCCGCAGGCAGCCAGGCCUGUGCUGGAGCCGGUUAAAGAGACACACACACCACAUGUGUCCACCCCACACCCGCAGCCAGCCAGGCCUGUGCUGGAGCCGGUUAAAGAGACACACACACCACAUGUGUCCACCCCACACCCGCAGCCAGCCAGGCCUGUUAAAGAGACACACACACCACAUGUGUCCACCCUACACCCGCAGCCAGCCAGGCCUGUUAAAAAGACACACACACCACAUGUGUCCGUACACCCGCACCUGGACCCAGCCAGGCCUGUGCUGGAGCCGGUUAAAGAGACACACACACCACAUGUGUCCGUACACCUACCCGCUCCGAUGCCCAAGUCUAUCCUCACGAAGCCUUCGCCUGCUUCACUGGGCGCUUCAUACGGCUCAACCACAAGGCGGGCAGAUUGCGAUAAAGGAACAAGACAGUUUUUAUCUAAACAGAACAUUUUAUGGAAAGGCUUUCUUAACAUGCCAACUGUGGCCAAAUUCGUCACAAAGGGAUACUUAAUUUCUGGCUCUGCUGAGUUUCUGAAAGAGGACUUACCAGACACUAUACAAGUCGGAGGCAGGAUAUUACCUCAAACUGUCUGGGAAUAUGUUGAUUUGAUUAAGACAUCAGAGGCAAAGGAGCUGUCAUUAAUCCGGUUUCACCCAGCCUCUGAAGAAGAGGAGGUUGCAUAUGUGUCCCUGUUCUCAUAUUUCAAUAGUCGUAGGAGAUUUGGGGUUGUUUCUAACAUUUGUAAACACAUUAAAGAUCUUUACCUCAUCCCGCUCUCUACAAAACAGUCCAUCCCUGCGGCACUUCUUCCAAUAGAGGGACCAGGGCUUGAACAGGAUCACCCUAAUAUCCUAAUGGGGUUAGCAGUCUGUCAGAAAAUGAAGCGUCUUGAGGGAUUGCUACAAGAUGUUGGUGAAAAGAAGUCUAGGCCCUUGAUUUGUGUGGAUAAAAAGGAAACCGGCAAACCCACCCCACUAAAUGAUCUUGCACCACAUAACAUUAAGGGUUGUGAUGCUGAUAUCUUCCUCAACUCAAAUCCUUCUGGAUCUUUACCUUCAGUUGGGUUACCAGACUCAUCAUGCUCUCUGGGUGCCCUGUCUUCUCUCCCGAGAGGGUUUUCUGUGUCGAAACCCACCCCUUCUGUCAAUGCGGGCCCAUCCAAAGACUCCACCAAUACCACCCCACUUCAGACCAUCCUUAACACGUUAUUUGGUCAAAAGAAACAACCCUCUGAUCCCACAGAGUGUAAUAUAAGCUCGUCAACAGAUACGGUUCAGCCUUGUCAACAGAUCAGCAAACAUGAUGAUCCAAUGGAGUUGGGUGAUGAUAGGCCUUACGACCCCGAGGAGUAUGACCCGGCUAUGUCUAAUGGGGCCCUGGUUACUUUUAGUCCAACCCAAGUUGUGGAGCCUAAAGUUUCAUCUGCAGCCCUUGGUGAGGAUGACGAUGAUGAUGAUAGACCGUAUGACCCAGAGGAAGAGUACAGUGCAGUUGCUAAUGUUCCUACUGUCAGAAAUAAUAUACCCAAGACCUCAGAGGCUAAAAAUACGGAAGAAUCCUCUAUGGUUACCAGUGAUGUAGCCUAUGAUCCAGAGGAUGAGACUGUGUUCGAGGAGAUGCAAAAUUACCUCACAAGUAACUCUUUACCUCACAAACCCGCCAUCUCUGAACAUAAAGUUCCCCAUUACAAUGAUAAAAUCUCAAGUACUACAUUGUCUGAGCAGCAAAGAAUUCUUGAAGAGUUGAAUAGGCAGAUAGAGGAACAGAAAAGACAGUUAGAAGAACAGACGGAAAGUCUUCGCCUUCAGAAGGAGGCCAUUGGUGUUUCCAUGGCCCAUUUCUCAGUUUCUGAUGCUCUGAUGUCGCCUCCAACAGCGUUUGGUAGGGAGGAAGAGGAAGAAGUAGAAAAAACACCCUAUUGUCCAAUGAUUAAUCAGAAUAGGGAUCCACGUAUGUGUCGAAAAGCAAGCCAGGAUGUGCAAUUUGAUGUUGCUGAAUGCGAAGCUAUAGAAAAAGAAACUGCACAAAAAUUAUUAAACCUGGAAGAGACCAAGAAAAUAAUGGUGAACAAAGCAUUAAUCACAAAGAAAGAGAAAGUAGCUUCUGAUACGGCAAUACCAAAAGAAGGGACACCAGAAACUGUACAACUACAGGACACAAAAUGCUCACGUUCAGAGAAUACAGACAAAAAAGGAGGCAGCAGAAGGUCCACAUCGAGCUCAUGUGGUUCGUCAAGAAGGAGGUCGUGGGGCGAACACAAGUCAGACCACAAAGACCGAGCGUCUUCAAGAGCGUCGCACACAGCUAGAGCCUCGAAGGACGUCCCGGAGAAAGCCCACAGGAGCCGGCCGUCUGCAGAGCGGUCCUCUCGGGGGAGUUACAGCGACCGGAGGAGAGAGGCAUCUUCACGGACACGUCAUCGGCACCCCCACAGGGACUCGUCGUCGCCCUCACGGUACCGGAGGAGGAGUCGCCACUCCACGCCCUCACGCUCCAGCCGGAGGGACAGGUCUGCACUGGACGACAGUGGCCCGUCCCGAAAGACAGAGCAAGAGCCCGGCCCGUCCCCAGAGCUCAGCGCUCAAUCCUCAGUACAGGGAUCUGACUCUGUGCCAGGCAGGGAGGGCAUGCAACACACAUCGGGACACAGUGAGAGUGCUGGUAAAGACAAACAUUUGGCCGGGCUUCAGCAAGGUGGUUCUUUAAAUAGAAAGCAUGAGGCUGAUCAAAGACUUCAGACAUUCCAGAAUCCAGAUUGUUCUCCGCUGCUAUUAAAGAAGUCAUUUGACCGAAACCAGCCGUUUUCUAGACGAUCUGAAAUGAUGAGAGAUCAUUUGCCCCCGAGCAGAAUUGACUCGUCGUCUAAAGAAGGACCACUCCUGCCCGAGACUGACCUGCCUUUACACAGAGUUACACCAGCAUCACAGACACACACAUUUCAGACUGACGCUUUUCCCCAUGAGUCCAUCGGUCCAUCUAACCCGCCGCCACACAACCGAACGGCUCACUUUCCUGAGCCUGGCCAGAUCGAGCAGAAGAGAGGCAUGCCGUCAGUUCAAAGGUCAAAUUAUUUACAGAAUGAGACAGACAAAUUACAUCCAGGAGACUACACUCAAAGGGCUUUCCAUUCGCAACACAGACGCUUAUCUCAACCGGACUCUGAUCAGUUCUACUGCGGAGAACUGCCUCGAAAUAAAAGAGACAGCUUUUUUCUGCACGACAGUCAACCUUGUGCAUCUCAAAAAGAGGAGGAGUUCUCCCCAAGGGAGCAUGACAAGUUUGAGCACCAAAAACACCCACACCGCAUGUCCAGGAGAUUUCCACACGGAGAGACCGACCAGGUCCAUCAAGCUCAGAAACCCAGGCCUGCCCUGUUACACGAAGGCAAUUUUCCUGAAGAACCUGAAACUGAUAGAUUAUCUCACAAAAGGUUUAGAUCUCACAUGCAGGAGCAAAACUUUCAUAAGGAUGAAUCUGUCCAGUUUGAGCGAAGAGAGUCAAUAUUAGGGCCUGUCCCUGUGCACAAGGGCGAUUUCAGGCCUCCUGGUCCCAGAGAGCGUUUCCAGCCGUCCCCGUUUGAUGAGUGGGAGCCAUCAGGAGAGCACCCGCCGGUGUCCAUGAGGAAACCGCGACGGCCGCGCUUGGCCCAGUCCUCGGGCUUUGAAGCGAGUGGACAUGCUUCCCCCCAAGAUAUGUGUGAGCCACAAGGCCCUGACUGCCCUCAGACGUUUGCAGAGGAGGCAGAAGAUCCAAGAGCUCAAACUUGUUUUCCAAGACGGGCUCCGACACACGCUCAAGACCCGCACGGCCCGUUUGAAGGACGGCGAUACCCUGAAGGUCCACCAAGAGGCUUUAGAGGACACAGACGGGGCGUCCGUGGGACGUUUUUUGCAAGGGGUCAUCAAAUGAAUGAUCAGAUGAGGGGACCUCGCUUUGAUUCUCCGCAGCAGUUUCUGGGCCAAAGAGAGCCUUCUCCUGAUUUACAUGGACCGAGAAGACCUUCACCUCAAAACUGUGAGCGUUUCGACGAGCAUAAUGAAGCCCAUUCAUCUGGCUUUCCCAACCAUUCCACUACCACUCAUUUUAAAAAAACACUACAUCAAAAUCCAUGCGAGGUUCAAAACUUAGGGCAACCACCUGCACCUUUUGAGCGCCAACUGAGACCGACAAAUAUACGCCCUCUAAGACGAUCCGGUCCUCUGCUGCCCACUCCCCCUGGAGGCCCGAUUAAUCCCAGCGCUGCCCAGGUGCACAGACACGGCUCCCACAGCGAGUGUGAGCGGGCACCGGCACACGGCCACGGGCCACAGGACAGCAUUCGUGAAGAGAACAACAGUUUUAAACAUCCGCUGCGUGAUACCUCAGAAGGUGUACUUCAGGAAGAAGGGUAUGAGAGCAGACCGGCAGAACCGAGUGUUCGGGACAGGAGUUACGGACAAGCCUGCCGGAGGUCCCGAGGACGGGGCGGCAGAUUUAGAGGGGAAAAAAGGCCAGAUAUGUGGAGAUAGGACAGAAGGAAAAUAGUGGAGAUGU